AUAGUACCUCUUCCCGCGCGAAGAUGGCGAGUGCAAGUUAGCAAGGCGCACUCACUAACAUACACCGGCAACACGAACACGAUCAUUUUAGCCAACCGCCAGAGCUCAGCGCCAGCGCGGGCACGGCUGAGUGAGGCAGCGGAGCGGCGUGGCUGCGAUGGCGAAUCCGCCGAUAACUCGGAAGAGGGUCCACGCCAUUGCCAGUGGCUUUCGUCGUGGGCCUGAUGGAAGCGCCUUUGAGAAAUGCCAUGGUUGUGGCGUUUCGGUGGCGAUAGCUCUGGCCGAUAUGCAUGACUGUGGAUUGAAGAGGGAUGUGAAGAGAUUCAAAGGACAGCGUGGGGUUCAAAAUCUGAGGAAACAAACGUGUUUGGGCGAACCCAGAUCGCCUUUUAGGCUUUUCAUGGAAAACUUUAGGAAGGCCAGCAAGACUGGAAAUCCGAUUCAUGUUGAUCGAAUAGGAUUUGAAGCAUGGAAGAAAAUGUCAAUGGAGGAGAGGAAACCAUAUAUCAUUCAAGCUGAAAAAGUGAAUUCAGAACACCUGAAAAUCUUGCUCAAAGAAGAACAUGAUAGGGUAGAGGUAGACGACGAGGCGGAUUCAGCAAUGGUUGGGAAGUUUGAUAAGUUCUAUGGCUUCUAUGAAGACUCUGAAGAUUCAGAUAGCUUCCAAAGUUUUCGGUCUAAAACAAUCGAGAGCUUUAACACGUUCACUUGGUACCUCCCUCUUUGCUUUGUCUGCUGUGUUUUCAGCAUUGCAGUCAAGUUUAGACUGUUUGGAAACAUCUUGAAAGCAAUUUUCUGCUCUUUAGAAUAGAUUUUUUUUUUUUCUUCCCACAAAACUUUGUUUUUGAGAAUUUGUUUUGAGGAUAAGGUUGUUUUGUAAAACAAAUUUGAGGCAUAUUUAUGGUGUGUUUGGGAGUGUUUUCAUUUAAAAUGUUUUUAUUAGAAGCAUUUUAUCUAGAAACUGUUUUGGAAUAUCACUUAUCAAGUGCUUUUUAAGAAAGUAUUGUAAUUGAUUUUUCAAGUUUACUUGAUUUUUUUCAAAACGUUUUUUAAAAAUGCUUUUCAAAAACAUUGUCAAAUAAGCUAUUAGUUGAAAAUAUAAAGAAUACUUAAAAAUCCUUACAUUAAAAGCUCGUCACAUUUUCAUAAAGAAUAAGUCGAGAAAAUUGUUUUUCAUAUUUGAGUUUUCAAACAUAAUUUUAUUUUUAAAAACAAUUAACAAUUCUUUAUAAGAACCUUUGUCGAAAGAUGUUUUCUAAUAACAAUACUCAAAACAUUGCCCAACACACCUAUUCAACUUCACCUUCCUAUUCUACAGAUGGCUACUUACCAAACUUCCCCAUAUG